CACGGAAGACACUUUUCAAAAGAAUUUAGUUCCAAACUGGCAAAUGUCUUCCUGUAUCAGAAUCUCCCACAGGGGUUCGUGUGAUCCAACAUGACGAGUAAAAGUGCAUUUUAAGCUGUAAGUGACACGAUUGAAUUGACAUCCACGAAAAAGGAAAUGAAACCCGCAGACACUUGGUCGCUAGACUGAAGCGGAAGCCUUUUUUUCUUCUGACACCCCUCAGUGUCGGAGCCUCGCUGGUACCGUUUUCACUGCGCGAGACCUCGUUGUGCAACGUGUGCGUUGGAACGGCCGCGUGCCGGAGAGGAAACGCAGGCCCCGACUUCACGACCCCCAGCCAGAGAUGUUCUCCGUGACUCUACACCACGAAACAAACAUGAGCCAAUUGCCCCGAGGAAACACUUCUCUCCAAAGCCCCGUGAGGGGAAAAUUACAUCAAUUAAAUAAUAUAAACCACUUUUAUUUGACGGGUACUUUGUGUGAUUUUUAGACCACGGUACUUUCUCCGCCACGUCCGUCUUUGUUUUUUAAGAUGAAUUCUUCUGCCGUCACACGUUUCCGGCCUGAAGGCGUGAAAUGUCCAUGCGGAGACGUUCGCGAUGCGACCGGCGUGUUUACCCCUCACACUAGUAGGGGUUUUGUAAUGGGUGGGCCGCCGCCGCCGGCGUGCUCACAAAGUCCACACUGUCCAGACGGUCCUGUGCGCACCUAGUCCCGCCCCUUCACUCACCCCCUCGCCUGCCUACCUCUCCCCCUCCUGUGCUCCCCCGUACUCCUCUCCUGCUCCUCUUCCAUGGUCAGCUACUCGUUUGAAGUUCAGCAGCCGACACCUCGUCCCUCACAGCCACCAUGGUCCACGGCCGCAGAACCUGCAGGUUCCUCCUGCUGCUGCUCCUAAGCGUCUUGGUGGCCUUUGUACACUCAGAGACGGUCGCAGACUCGACAACCAGGGACAACCAGGACACCAUGUCUGGAGAACCCCCCGGUGACCUCACCACCAAGGACCCCUUCCCCGGCAGGACGGAGCAGCCCUUCGACUACGAGGACGCCACGCACCCUCACCCCCUGGACGGGGAGGCCGGGGGGCUCGGGCCGGGGGCCAUCACCGCCAUCGUUAUAGCCGUCUUCCUGGGAGCGUCUGUCCUUCUCGCCCUCAUCGUCAUCACACUGAGGAAAUUCACCGCCUCCUAGAGUGUCUGUGUGUGUGUGUGUGUGUGUGUGUGUGUGUGUGUGUGUGUGUGUGUGUGUGUGUGUGUGUGUGUGUGUGUGUGUGUGUGUGUCCUGCUUCUUUCUUUCAGUCUGAGUCGUGUCUUUGGCUUCGCUGAAGGGUGGCGGCGGGUCCCUUGAUUGACAGGUCCCCCCCCCGUCCACACACCUGGACCUGCUCCUCGUCACUGGCUGGCUCUUCCAGUGGAACUCUUGCAUGCUGCUUAAACGUCUGAGGGCUGUUGGUUUUUUGGAAUAGUUUUCUGCACGCGUCGGCUUGUAGUUGUCCAAAGUACGCCUGCUUUUGUUUGUCUGUAUUCAUCUGUCAUUUUUUAAGAAAGAUGCACACAGUUUUUUCGUUUUGAUUCCAAUCAAAAAUAAAUCGUCCUUCGUGUCACACGUUCACAAGUCUUCAAGCAGUGGAAUCAGAAUGAGGAUGAAACCGUUUAGAACGGCUUCCUCCAUCUGUGUCAACAGUCAGAGUUGAGUGAGUAGUUUUUUCUUAUCAUUUUAUUUGCCAGAGAUUCUAAAUUAUUUUAGUGACAUUACUUUGUAUUUCACUGCAUCCUCGGCCAUGAUAAUGUGAUUGAAUAAAUAAAGCCAAUAAAUCUGAUGCCAAUUAC